AUGGCAAACGGCGUGGAGAAUUCGUUGAGGCUGAUCAGCUCGACUGCUGCGAUUGAGGCUCUGCAGUCUCAGAGACCAGUGGCUCCUGGAACACUCCGCACGUUCAUGAAUGAUGUGGGCGACAAGAUUUCUAAUAUGCAAGCAGAGUUCACGCGCUCGCGGGCGUAUUCGUACGGUGAGCCAAAGAAGAGAGUUGGUGUGAUGCCGGAUUUUUCGCGAAUCCUGUGUGAUCUGCUUCUGGAGGCUGACGACUCUGCGCUGGUGAACGAGUUCUUCACCAAGGUGUGCAGCAACGCGAGGGCCAAGGAUAACCUGGUGCCGACCAUUAUCGCAUUAGUACGCAAGUAUCAAUGGAGCGACAUUAGUCAAGCAGUGCUGAGCUCGUUAGAGGAGAAGACUGAAGCCACUAGUUACAGCUUUGGUCGCAUGACUGAAGUUGGAGAUGCUAGUUUGGUGGUGAAGCUUCAGAUUCUGGAUGGUCUGGAUGAUGGGUCUGCUAAGCUAGCACUACUACAAUCGACGCCUGCAGAUAAGAGCACAUUCGACACUUUGGCGGAGAAAUUUCAGCAACUGGAACCUUCUCAACUGCGUUUAGUUGUUGAAGCGAUCUCGGAACAUGUGGGUGGCAUCGAUUCAUCGGACGAGAAGUUCGAAGUUCUGACGUCGAUUGCUGCUGUCCGGAUGACCUGGCUUAAGAGUCAAGUGCAAGGGCACACAGUGAAACCUUUUAGUUGGGAGAUGCCGAACGCUGUGUUCCCUGACAACGCUCGGAUUCAAGCGUUUCUAAGAGGCCACGAGAUGCCCAUGACCACCACUGGAGUGCGUGUUUUUAGCGGUCUCCCCGCAGCUCGCAAGUACGCCAACAGCGCCCAGCAAACCAAUUGUUCGUUCAAGAUGGAACUCGGAGGCAGAGGAAAAGACGCUUAUUUGACGAUCACUAAGACGCGGACGUGGUACAACAAGCAACACGGUGAUGCCGAACUGUACAAGGACGAACUCAAGUUGCUGACGGACCGCUUUGGCGACGUCACGUCCCCGCCGCUAAACGUGCUCGCACUGGACCAUGAGACCAUCGAGGCUAAAGUUGGGCUAGCAUCACGCUAG